UUUUCGGUGAAGACGAUGACUGCGCCAGUGUUCGGCAUCGACGCCGGAAUCUUCAGCACGAAGACGGCCAUCCUUCGAACGCUCGACAAUGCACAAUCGGAUGUCCACUACACGAAUCUGAAGAUCCCGGCGUACGUCUCCUUCAAAGAUGAUCAGAUCUUCGUCGGACAAAAGGCGAAGACUUGUAGCAAUCAAAACAUUAGAUCCAGCGUUUGGGGAAAUGGAAAAGUUCUGGGUAAAUGUGAAAGAUCGCUUCCGAAAGACCACAACAUCGACUGUUUAGAAAUAGACGAAGAUGGCAUCAUAAAGUACAAUAUUGCAAAUAGACUGAUUCAACCGGAAGAGAUAUGCGCGAGAAUAUUGCGGAACGCCAAAGAGGAGACGGAAAAAUACGCGAAGAGCAAAUUGGAAGCUGCAGCAAUCGCAGUCCCGAACAGCUUCGAUCAUUCGCAAAGAGAAGCUGUGAUGGAAUCUGCGAAAAUCGCCGGAAUCAAAGUUCUUCGGCUGAUCAACGAAAGCACCGCUGCGGCUUUGGCUAUACUGCACAGAAGACGAUACCCGAUCUCGAGGAACAUCAUGAUAUACCAUUUGGGAAGCUCUAGUUUCGAUCUGGCGGUGUACGAAGUCGGAGAGUUAACAGUCGAAAUGAAAUACUCGAUCUCGGACACGAAUCUUGGUGGACACAGGAUAACGGAAGCGAUAAUGUCGUGGCUGUUGAGUUACCUGAAAGAGAAUUACACGUUGAGCGUUGAUGGCUUGACGCAGAAGGAGUUGAGGACGCAGAGCGUUUACGUGGAGGAAGCCGUCGGGCAGCUGCUGCACAGCUCCGAAUCCUUCAUCUUCGUACCGAAACUGAACGAUCACAUCAUGCUCGGCGCGGACGUCUUCUACAAAAUCUGCUCCAAAAUGCUGCAGAAGACGUUCAAGUACAUCGACGAUUGCUUGUACCAGAAGAAUAUGAAACCGGGGGAUUUCGAGGAACUCGUGCUGAUCGGUAGUCCCUCGAAAAUACUCUACAUCAAUAAAACGCUUUCGCAGAACUUCAAGAUAACAGCGGCUUCUUACACAGAAGGUUUGGCUGCAGAAGGAGCCGCGAUUCUCGGCUUGGAUAAGUACAAGGUGAUCGAGAGGUUAGGCACUUCUUUGAGCUACUGCAAUCCGGUGACUACUAGCAAACUGCUGCAGUUGCUAUCAGAAAGCACCAAGUUCCCAGUGAGCACAGAGAUCAAAUACAAUCAAACCGAAAUUGAAAUCUAUCGAGGAAAACAAUUCGUGGACAGCUACAGCAUCGAAAAGCCGAAGAACUUGGCGCGACUUCAAUUCAGCUUCGAUGAGAACUGUGCGCUUACGCUCACCGCCCAAGACGUGGACAGCAACAAGGCUUUAACAGUUACCAAGCACAAAUCAUUCGCAAAUUCAGAUAUAAAACUAGCUGACGAUAACUCAUCUUCGCUGGAACUCCUCCACAACGAAUUGGUAAUGCUGAUAAACAAAUACACGAGGGCUAUGGAACAGAUGAACGUCGACAUGAAAUACAAAGAGAUCUUCUGGAAUAUGUGCGACGCCGAGUGGAUCACGAACCCGGCCCUCUGCAAAGACGCAAAUCUGAUCAGCAGGAAAAGGAAUGCGAUCGAAAUGUUUUACAGUUUCGUCGCAAAACCGUCUCCCGACAACAACCAAAUCUACAUGAACUUAACUCAAUCCAAAUAGGAAACAAUAACUCAUGAAAAUUUUUGUAUUCAUUAAUCAACAAAUAUAUAUAUUUAUAUACAUAAGAAUUAUUCAUGAAACGUUCCCAUAUUUUGACUCAUUCGAAAUCGUAAAACUGAUGAUUUAAGGCUUAAAUUUUAAGCAUUCAAAACAAUACUGGAUCAUUGUUUUAGGAAUUAUUCAAAAUGUUGUUGACUUCCUGAAUCUAAAGGUCAACAACUAAAAUAUUUUGAGUCAUCGACGGAAUCAUCAACAAAUU